GCGUCACUGUCCCGGGGGAUUGUGGGGCGUGAGUCGGCGACAUUUGAGGUCUCACCUCAGCGAGGCGGCCACCUCUAGCCAUGCCUUCCGAGGGGAAGUCGAUGCGGGGGAGGACCCGGUCCAAGUCCAGGGUGCUGCGGGGAGCCCGCUCCAGGCUCAGCUCUGAGGCGGGGUGCGUUGCGGAGGAUCCGGCGACUGGGUCGCAUCCCGGAGGUAGCCUCCCGGGCCGCCAGGCCGUCAUGGCUGCCACGCCUCAGCCUGGCUGGCAGGCGUCUCUGUGUGGCCUCCAGGCCGAGACUCGCCACUCUCUGGGAAGGAUGUGGGCCCACAAGCGCUUCGCGCUCCUGUUGCUCGGCAUCUGGGUCUUGGUGCUGUUCUGUUACUACCUGAACACCGGGUUCUUGAGUUUUGUGUCUCCAAGUGAAUAUAUUCUGUGGAGCAAUGAAGAUGCUGAUGGACAGUCUCUGGAAAAAAAUUCUGCAUGGGAAACUCUGUUGAAUUUUUUCCUUCCAACAACUUGCAUUCCAAAGGAGAAUGAGGUGCUGAAGGCUUGCAAUGAGCAGCGAGAUUAUAACAAGAGUGAAUGUUUGGAAUACAAAUGCUGUUAUUCAUCCUCCGAGACUAGUAACUUCAGCUGCUUCGUCCCAUUAAAGGAUAAGCCCACACAGAUGUUCCGGAUGUUUGGGUUUGGUAUGAUCAGCAUGAUCAUGCUGGGAUGUCUGCCCAUUUAUUGCUGUACUCUUUGCCGGAGGAGCAAAUGGGCCAAUCCUUUACGAAGGAGAGUCAGCAGAAUUUUAAAGGAUAUGAAGAAACAAAAAAUGAAAAUGAAGAGGGAUGCUGAAAUGUCAGGGACAGCAGAAGAGGAGGAAGGUGCAGGUGAUGAUAAAGAGCAAGAGACCAAAGCAUUAUUUUCCCACUAAGAAGAAUGUGAACCAUUCAGAGCAGAGGAGACUGUCCCAGUCAUCUAAACCUGAUGGAGCAUUUUAGUACAAAAAUUAAUUGUUAUUUUUGUCAUAUUUACUUCCAAAUAUAAAAUAAAGUUGAUAGUUCUGUUUCUAUGCAUCAAA